AUGAAGACUGCUUUAAUUUUGCUCAGCAUCUUGGGGAUGGCCUGUGCACUCUCUAUGAAAAAUUUGCAUAGAAGAUUCAAGUUAGAAGAUUCUGAAGAAAACGGGGUCUUUAAGUACAGGCCACGAUAUUAUCUUUAUAAGCAUGGCUACUUUUACCCUCCUCUGAAACAGUUUGCAGUUCAGGGUAAUAGUGACUCUUCUGAAGAAAAUGGAAAUGGUGAUAGUUCAGAAGAAGAGGAGGAAGAAGAUGAGACUUCAAAUGAAGAAGAAAACAAUGAAGAUUCUAACGGGAAUGAAGAUGAAGACUCUGAGGCUGAGAACACCACACUUUCUACCAUAACACCUGGCUAUGGAGAAGAAACCACUCCUGGAACAGAUUACAUAGGGUUAGCUGCAAUCCAACUUCCAAAGAAGGCUGGGGAUAUAGGAAACAAGGCUACCAAAAAAGAAGAAAGUGAUGAAGAAGAGGAGGAGGAAGAGAAUGAAAAUGAGAAUAAUGAAGCAGAAGUGGAUGGAAAUGAACAAGCUGUGAACGGCACCAGCACCAACAGCACGGAGGUGGAGAAUGGCAAUGGCAGCAGUGGUGCGGACAAUGGAGAAGAAGGGGACAAAGAAAGUGUCACAGAAGCCAACACACCCGGAACCACCAUGUCUGCAGGGCAGAGCACUGGCAGCUCAAAGACAACACCCUCUCCAAAUGGUGUGUUUGAACCCACAACCCCAGCCCCCGAGGUCUAUGGGUCCACCCCCCCACCCUAUGGAAAGACCACCACAGCUGAGUAUGGUGCUGAGUACGAGCAAACAGGUGCCAAUGAAUACGACCCUGGGUAUGAAGUGUAUGACAAUGAGAACGGGGGGCCGCGUGGGGACAAUUACCGAGCCUAUGAAGAUGAGUACAGCUACUACAAAGGCCGAGGCUAUGAUGGCUAUGAUGGUCAAGAUUACUACUACCACCAGUGA